GGGGAGCCGGGACUGCAGCUCCCAGCCUGCCCCGCCGGGAAGGGAGGAGGGACCGGACCGCAAGAUGUCGGCCGAGCGGGGCUGAGGGGUGAAUAAAAUGAGGCUGAGGGCGGGCAGCGGCAGCGCGGGGCAGUGUCUGUGGUGAGGGAGGAGGCCGCUGUGUGAGGGAAAAAAAAAAAAAAAAAAAAAUCGCCAGGAGCUGCCGAGCAGCUAGCCACAAUGUCAAAUAAGGAGGUGAAGGCAGCAUUGAAGAGUGCUAGAGAAGCAAUACGAAACAAAGAAUAUAAGGAAGCCUUAAAACAUUGCAAGGCUGUCUUGAAGCAAGAAAAAAGCAACUACAAUGCUUGGGUCUUCAUUGGCCUGGCAGCUGCAGAGCUGGAGCAGCCUGAUCAGGCCAAAGCAGCAUACAAGAAGGCAACUGAGCUUGAUCCAAACCAGCUCCUGGCAUGGCAGGGAUUAGCAAAUAUGUAUGAAAAAUCCAAGCAAACAGACAUCAAAGGAGACUUAGCAGAUGUGUACCAGAAGCUCUUGGAACUCUAUGAAAGUGGUGACAAGCAGAAAUGGUAUGAUGUGUGCAACAAGCUAGUGGAACUUUAUCAUCAGGAAAAGAAAUAUUCAGAGGUGGCUGAAACCUGGCAGAAACUGAUACAAAUGAAGCAGGGGGAAGGUGCAGAAAAGGCAGAGCUACAUCAGCUGUGGAAGAAGAUGAUCAAGCUGCUGAAGGACAGCACACAGAGCCGGGAUAAUAGGGCUGAGCAGUCGCUUCUGACUGCUUUUGAGCAUGCAGUGAACUCUGCUGACACUGUUCCCGGAGAGGACCACCAGAAUCUCUACAAGGACUUUAUUCAGUGCUUGUCAAAUUUUCCUCAUGAAGCAGCUAGGUUGGAACAGGCCUGUAAUGACAUGAUGGCUUUGUAUCCUGCUGUGAGUUACCCUUUAGAAGUACUUUGCUUGCACUUUGUGCAGUCAGGUACUUUGUCAGAAGAAGCCUUUGAUUGCUUUUCUAGGCUUUUGGAGAUGGAUGCAAGCAGUGGUCCAGCCAUCAUUGGAUUAGGUGUCAAAUACCUCCAGGAAAAGAAAUAUACAGAGGCUGUUAAGAGUCUUACUGAAGGUUUGCAGCAGACCAGCCAGUGUGCAGGAGCAUGGCUUUAUUUGGCAGAGGCACAAAUGAAAAUUCACAAGCACAGGGAUGCUGUCCUGUCCUGCAAUCGAGCUCUUAAGGUACUUGGAACUCCUGGGGGUCCUACUCUUCGGCUGAAGAACCUUAUCCUUAGGUUGAAAGCAGAGGCUUUGAUUAAAAUUGCUGGUGCUGAUGCUGCAGAAGAAGCCAUUAAAUCACUUGAGCAGGUCGAGGAUGGAAGCAAUGAUCCAGUGGUUUUAGCUCUCAGAGGUCAGGCUUAUCUAAACAAAGGCUUCCCAGUUCAGGCUGUACAGAUUUCAGAAGAGCUGCUGUUGUCCCACCCUGAGCUGGCUGAGUCUCAUGCUCUCCAAGGUUUCAUCCAUUAUUCCCAAAAGAGCUAUGAACAGGCAGAAAGAAGGUUUCUAAAUGCUAUUGAAAGAAAGCCUGAAACUGCAGAGUAUCAUCAGUAUCUGGGGCUCACAUACUGGUUCAUGAGUGAUGAGACAAAAAGGGACAAAGGAAAAGCACACACUCAGUUCUUGAAGGCUGCAAAACUGGACAGCUACUUGGGAAGUGUCUUUUGUUAUUUAGGUAACUACUACAGAGACAUUGCUGGAGAUAAAACCAGAGCUCGUGGUUGCUAUAGAAAGGCCUUUGAUCUGGAUGAAACUGAUGAAGAAUCUGGAGAAGCAGUUGUAGACUUAAGCAUGGAACUUGGAGACAUGGACACUGCUCUGUCAAUCCUGAAUAAGGUGACUGAAAACGCGACUGCUGGCACAGCCAAGUGGGCCUGGCUUCAUCGUGGGCUUUACUACCUGAGGACUGAUCAGCCUUCACAAGCUGUGGCUGAUUUGCAGGCAGCUCUGAGGGCUGAUCCAAAGGAUGCCAACUGCUGGGAGUCUCUAGGGGAGGCUUACUUGGGCAGAGGUAGCUAUACAACAGCUCUAAAAUCCUUCAGGAGGGCAACUGAGCUGAACCCAGAGCUGGUGUACAGCAUUUACAAAGCUGCAGAAAUUGAGCAGAUUCUGGGCAAAUAUGAAAAUGCUAUAGCCACCUAUCAAGACAUCUUAAAGAAGACAGAAGACUAUGUGCCUGCACUGAAAGGACUUGGUGAAUGCCAUCUCAUGCUGGCAAGAUCAGCCCUUGAUAACUUCUAUGACAGGAGGGCUCUGGAUUACAUAGAGCAGGCUCUUGAGUUUUUCACAAGGGCAGCAAAGCACCGUCCUGAUGUGUCUUGCCUCUGGAAACUGCUGGGAGAUACCUGUACCAGUGUGCAUGUUCUUUCACCAGCCAAAGUGAACAUUCAAGUUCUGGGUUUCCUUUUGGGUAAAAAUACAGAAAAACAGAUGCUGAAGAAAGAUGAGCUGCUCGCACUGGGAGGAAGGUGUUACAGCAGAGCUUUAAAGCUGAUGCCAUUGCCUAGCAUAUGGUGUGAUCUUGGAAUAAGUUAUUAUCGACAAGCAGAGCAUCUCAGAGCAGUGGGCACUGACAUGAAUGAGACCAGUGAGCUGCUGCAGAAGUCUUUAGAGUGUGUGAAAAAAGCUGUGAGGCUUGACAGCAAAAAUCAUCUUUUUUGGAAUGCUCUUGGUGUAGUUGCUUCCUGCAAGGGUAUUGAGAAUUAUGCUCUUGCUCAACACUCAUUCAUCAAAUCAAUUCAAGCUGAGGAAAAUAAUUUUGUUGCCUGGACCAACUUGGGGGUUUUGUAUCUGGCAACUGACAACAUUGAGCAAGCUCAUGAAGCCUUCAAGAUAGCCCAAUCUGUGGAGCCUACUUACCUACUGUGCUGGCUUGGGCAGGCUUUUAUUGCAGAGAAGGUGGGCAGCUAUGAUACAAUGGAUCUCUUCAGGCAUACAACUGAACUCAGGAUGCAUAAUGAGGGAGCAAAAGGCUAUGCCCACUGGGUAUGUUCAACACUGCAGGAUAAAAGCAACAGAAACACUGAGCUAUAUCAGUACAACAUUGUUCAGAUGAAUGCUGUUCCAGCAGCCCACGUGGUCCUGGGAAAAUACACAGAAAGAAAUCCAGAUGAUGCCUCUGCUUUCACAAUGCUGGGUUAUUUGAAUGAGAAUCUCCAUCUUAAAAGGCAGGCAGCAGAUGCUUAUGAGAGGGCAGUUUCAUUGCUGAAAGACUCUGGGGAUACUGAGCAAUACAACACAGCAAUGCAGAACUAUGGCAGGUCACUGUGUGCCCUUGGUCAGUGUGAUAAGGCCAUUGAGGUUUACAGAUCAACACCUCUGACUGAUGUUGAUGGCAUCAUGGGGAUAGCCUUAGCUUACUUCAAAAAAGGACUCUUACAGGAAAGCACCAAAGCCUAUGAAAAAGCCUUGGCAAUAGCUGAGUCUGAAGAAGAUAAAGCACACAUCAUGACUGCCUUGGCCCUGGUAGAAUACAAACAGAACAGACUGGAUGCUGCAAAGACACUGCUCUUUAAGUGCUCAUUAAAGGAACCCACAGUGGAAAGCCUGAAGGCUCUGUGCACACUGGGACUGGUGAAGCAGGACCCUACACUUGCAGCAGCAGCCCUGAAAGAGCUGCUGAAGCAUGACAAAGGGCAUGGUGACAUCUAUGAGAGGUGCCUUUUUACCUCUGCUCUUUAUGCACUGCAAGACAGGAAUGUGGCCAUCCAGAGAGAAGUCUCCAAAGCCAUACACAGUAACCCUGGUAAUCCUGACCUCUGGUCUCUGCUGUCUCGACUGGUUCCACUGUAUGCACCACAGAAGGCAAAAGGGGGAGCUGUGGCAGGAAGUGUUGCACAGGUCCUUGAUGUAAACCAGGGAAAGGAAGUCCUGCUGAAUAUUGCAGUUAACCAGUUGGCAGCAGGAUGUCACAUGCUAGAAGAUGAGAAGAACAAUCCUUUGAAAAAUAUUCAGAAGGCAAUCCACCUCUGUCCAGAUAAUCCUGCUGCCUGGGCAGUGCUGAUGGCUGCCUGCCAUGCUGAAAACACUGUGGCCUGUCUAAGCAACAGUCAGCCAAAGAGAACAGGUCUGGAGAUGACACUGGUAUCUACAGUUUCAGCCAAAACUGGAGAAAAUAACCUUCCACGUAGUUAUAUCCAGACUCUUGAAGAAUGGUGUCUGUGUCAAGCUAUUACCAGUCUAGAGGAGACUGGUAAGCUCUCAGAAGCUGAAGCUCUCUGUACCAAGGGUUUAAAAAGAUGCCCUGAGCACCCAGGUCUGUUUUUGCUUUUGAGACAAGUUCAGUGUAAGCAGCUCUUGCAGUCUCACAAAGAACUUCCAGACAGCAUCCUGGAGGAGCUUCACAAGACAGUCAUGACCAGUUCAAGUUCAGUUGCAGCCUGGCAGUGGCUGGCCAGCGUGUAUAAGUCUCAAAGGAUGAUGGUUGGAGCAGAGAUGUGUUACAGGAAGAGUCUGCAGCUGGCAUCCCAGCAGGGCAGCUGGAGUGGGAAGUUAUCCAGUCUGCUCAGGCUAGCCAUGCUGGCCCUGGAAAUCUGCAUGGCUAAUGCCUCAAAUGACCACUGGACAUCCUUGGUGCAGGAGGCAACAGCUGAAGCUUUGAAGCUUUCUCCUUGCCCUGUGGCAUCUCUCCUGCAAGCACUGCUACAGUACAGCUGCAGAAUGGAAGCAAGGGAGACUCGUAGAAUGCUGGAGAGAGUGGUGUAUCAACCAGGGAAUCCAGAAUCCAUCGUGUCAGUGGCACGCUGGUACCUCCUGCAGCAUCUGCAUGCCAAAGAGGAUCAUGAAUUAAUAGAUGUGCUUAUAGAGAAUGCCAAAGCUCAUGGGGAUGUUAGAACUCUGGAACUAUAUGAGCAAUUGUCCACAAGUGCCUAAUAUGGACUGUCUCCAGUGAAAAGUCUUCCACUUGUGCAACUUAAGCCAGUCCACCUUCCAGGAGUGAUUUGAGCUUUUUUGUUUCUUCAUGUAUUUUUGUUUUUUCUUUUGUCAUUGCAUCAAUUGUAACUUUGUCUUCAGCAUUACUUUUUCUUGACCAGAAGUAGUUUAUUUUCUCAUUGGCAUGGGUUCCACCAUAGAAACACUCUUUUUUUUUUUUUUUCCAAAGGAAAACCCUGAGUUUUGCUCUUGUUUUCUUCCUCUCUCAGACUUCAUCACUGUGUGCCAUGGUGAGUGCUUGCCUGUGGCCUGCCUGUGGCCCUUGGCAGUACAACACCAGCUGCAUGGGCAGUGGAGCAAGGUUUUAUUAGCAAAAAAAAUCUCUGUGGCUAAGAGGCAAUAAACUUUUUCUGUCUUACAGAUACUGUAAAACAUUAAAAAAUGUAAAAUUCCUAUAUUCCUCUCUGACAAAUUUUCCUUGCAGUUGAGCCCAAAUCUGCUUGGAACUUCACAUGUGAUGUCAGUUUAUACAUUUGUAUUUUUUUUUUUUUUUAGUUUAGUUUUUCUAUUUUAGCUGAUUUUAAUUACUGCAGUGUAUACUUUUGACUGCAGGCUUCACUAAACAUUCCCAUCAGGAAAAGCUUGUGAUCACCAGGGACAGGGUCGUGUCUGUAACUGUGUGUGACAAGCUGUAUUUUUGUCUUGGUAGUUCUAUUGCUGGCUGCUUAAUUGGAUGAAUCAUGACAGUGGUUCCUAAGACAUGAUGGCAUUUUGCUUUUCUGUACAUGAAAAUAAUAAUAAUAAUAAUAAUAAAAAAUAAAAAU